AGAAGAAAGAAAGAUCUCAAUACAGCUUCUAAGAGCUCAGCUUAACUUGAAGUGAUAGGACGAACUCAUUCAAAACAAUGGAAGGUGAAUGCAAGGUACUACUGGACACCACUGUCCACACAGAAGCCAGGAGAAAAAUAUUGCAAGUCAAACCCGGCUCAAAGCUAACCACAGCCCUGCUGGUGUUCACACUCUGCCUCGCGGCUACUGCUGCUGCUGCUGUCCUCGUCUUCCACAGGCAUGCCAAGGGCCCAGGACAAGAUGAAGACAAUUUUGAUCUUCGCCGCACAUUGAGGCAGAUUUCAAAUGUAAGAGCAGCCAUUCAUUUAGAAGGACACUACAACCCUGCUGUGAAAACCUCACCUGAAUGGAAGAAUGAGGUGGACCAUUACCACUCUCAAGGAGGGCUGGUACUCAAAAACAACGAAAUUGUUAUUCCUCAAAAAGGCCUCUACUUUGUUUACAGCCAAGCGUCGUUCAGGGUCAAUUGCAGCAGCAGCGAUACUGAUGACGCCACCUCACAGCCCAUUGUCCACGUGAGUCACACUGUGAAGCGCUGGUCAAGUUCGUUAGGGGAUAAGAAACAGACCAUCCUGCACUCCAUCCGCAGUGUCUGCCAAAUGAAAGCCAGCCGCAAUCCAGAUGAGGAGGGGAGCUGGUUCUCCUCUGUGUACAUGGGAGCAGUGUUCAACCUGAUGAAUGGGGACAUACUAAGCACGGUGAUGGAAGAGGAAAUGCUGCCCGACCUAGAGGAUGAAUGGGGAAAGACAUUCUUCGGAGUGUUUGCUUUGUGAGGACAUUUGACUGACAUGUAGAGGGCUCCACUGUGAGGCCUGCAGCCGGCUGCCUUACCUGAACUCACUGACUCUGCAUGUAUUAGUCUGUGCAACUUUCAAGACAGAUUUCAAACCAAACUCUUAUCAAAUAAUUUAAAGUUUCCAUGGCUUACAGUGAGCCAUGAAGGAGGAGCUCGCUGUAAUGUAUUAACAUAGAUAUCUCUAUGUGACUAUAAUGUUAUGUACUAUGUACUCGCCUUAGUGUCAAUACCUUUUGAUGUACUGCAAUGCUAAAGCUGUAAUUUAUAGAUGUACUACAACUACUGCGUAUUUAUUGUGUCACUACAGGCUGACAGAAGAGGAUGUAUUUAUUUAACAUAACAUUAUUAUAUUUAUCAUAUUUAUUGUUUCUAUUUAUUUAUGUUUUCAGUAUUUAUGCUGUUUUUUAUACAUUAUUUAUUGAUUAUUUAUUGAAACAGAUAAUCAGUUUAAUCAGCUGUUUGUCACUGUAUUUUUUUAUUGAUAUUGUCAAAUAAUGCCAUGGUGCCUAUGGUGCUGUAAAA